AUGUCCACCCCGCCAAUUCAGCGCCUCAGCCCCGAAUCCCUCUUCGACUCGGUCGGCCCGGUCUACGACGCCAUCACCGUCUGCUUCGGCUUGAUUGCCAGCGUUAGUCGCGAGAACAUCAGGGCGUAUAUCGGGCGGAUAUUCGAUUGGUUGACACCGGGCGGGCUGUUUGUGUUCGCGACAGUGCCGAUCGCUGGGAAAGGGCUGGAGAUCGCAUGGAUGGGCCGGGCGAUCGUGGCGAGUGGGUUGAGUGAGGACGAGGUGCUCGAGAGGAUGAGGGAGGUCGGGUUCGAAGCGAUCCAGGUCGAGCAGAGCAAGUAUAGGCCGAUCGGCGGCGGAGGCCGGGAUCUGCAACGACGAGGAUGUAGCACGUACCGCAUAUAUACCUAG